AUGGAUAGAGGUUCAUCAGAGAGCCUUACCGUUAAGGAGCGAAUGCUGAGCGCUGGGGUUGGAUCGUUAUUGACAUCCCUUAUCCUUACUCCGAUGGAUGUCGUGAGGAUCAGACUUCAGCAGCAGGAAAUGUUGCCCGAUUGCUCUUGCGAUGUGCCUGUACCGAAGGGCAAGGUCUCAAUGGUGCCAGCUUCAGAAGCUGUUUUUUGGCAAGAUUCUUGUUUUAAAGAACUUAAUUGCAAGAGCUCGCCGCACAGAUUCAAGGGCACAAUAGAAGCGUUCGGCAAGAUAGCUCAGAACGAGGGUAUAUUCACCCUAUGGCGGGGAAUUUCCGUCACACUGCUCAUGGCCAUCCCAGCCAAUGUUGUAUAUUUCACAGGAUAUGAAUAUAUGCGAGAUAUUUCUCCCAUUGAACAUUACUUUCCAGCAUUUAACCCUCUAGUCUGCGGCGCCUUGGCCAGGAUAUUGGCGGCAACCACCGUGGCUCCUUUCGAGCUAAUUCGAACCAGGUUGCAAAGUAUACCGAAGUCUUCAAAGUCUACAUCAACCAGAGCCAUAAUGAGGGAUCUUCUACUUGAAACUAAAAAGGAGGUAGCCUCGAGCGGAUACAAAGUACUUUUUAAAGGUUUGCAAAUAACUCUUUGGAGAGACGUGCCGUUUAGUGCAAUUUAUUGGGGCUCGUACGAGUUCAGUAAGAAACAUCUAUGGCAGCCAUCAAGCCCUUCGUCAUCAUCAGCCGAUAGCCUGUCGAACUGGAAUUUUUUUACCAAGAGCUUUAUCAGUGGUUGUCUGAGUGGUGCAAUUGCUGCUGUUUUCACUCAUCCAUUUGAUGUGGGGAAAACCAGAUGGCAAAUUUCUUACGUUAAUCCCCAGGCUACAUCAGUAACGUCUCCUGCCCCAGGAACUGCCGUGAAUAAAAAUAUGUUCAGAUUCAUUGAUGGAAUAAGGCGACGAGAAGGAAUUCGUUCUUUGUACACAGGUCUCUCCGUUAGAGUGGCCAAAAUUGCGCCUAGUUGUGCUAUCAUGAUUUCCAGUUACGAAAUAUCCAAGAGAAUUUUCAGCUCAUAA